AUGUCCACAACCCAGACCACUGAAUCUCCCUCAACAUGGAAGCCUAAAGCCAUAAUAUUUGAUCUCUUCACCGCGCUACUUGACUCCUGGACCCUCUGGGCCGCCUCCACACCUCAGGACAGCGCUGCCGAUGGUCGACUUUGGCGCGCACGUUAUCUUGAAAUCACGUUUGGUUCAGGCACAUACGUGCCCUAUGAAGAUCUUGUCCGCACCGCAGCACGAGAUGUUGGCCUUCCCCAGUCUGCUCCUGAGGCUUUAUUACGUAACUGGGAUGGAUUGGCACCAUGGCCUGAGGCACCUGCUGUGCUACAGAGGCUGAGAGCUCAGGGUUAUAUGCUUGGCGUGGUAACAAACUGCUCGAAAGAGUUGGGGCAUCGAGCGGCUAGUAGGGCGAGUCAGAGUUCCAUUGAUUUUGAUGCCGUCGUAACAGCGGAGGAAAGUGGGUUUUACAAGCCGGCCUCGCAGGCGUAUCAGGCUAUCUUGACGGCUAUGGCAGUGGAUGCCCGUGAUGUGUUGUUCGUUGCUGGCAGCGCUGGCGACGUCCAAGGGGCGACCAAGGCGGGUAUGAGAGUUGUGUGGCACAACAAAGUUGGUAUGGCAAAGGCCGGUAAUAUCGAACCGCUUCGGGAAGGUAGGACGUUGGAUGACGCUCUCAAGAGCUUCUUGUAA